UACAACCCCCGACGAUUUACCACAGAUUUAAGCCUUCGCCCGUCGCACGCACUUGCAGGAGAUUUCAUAGUUGCCCGAACGGAAAGAACUCAGGAUCUGUGAAUUUGAGUCUUAGCUCUUUCGAAGUUGAGGAGUUCUAUGGGCAGCAGCUUCUAGCCAAGGCGGUCUAAUUUCAAACGCGCGACUGUGACCCUUGUUGAGGUCAACGCAUAAUGGCGCCUUCUUUGGAUGAACGGACAGAGUCACAGGAUGUCUCUGACGUGGAUACCCAAAUGGCGGAUGCGCAAGACGUUGCGAUAGAUGAUUCUCAUAUUCAAGGCAGAGACGGUAGCAUGAUUGAUACUCCGGACUAUACUGACUCCGAUACCAAUCCCAAUACCACAGCGAGCAGUGUUGCCGGGGACAUUCCUGAAGAUGGACGCAGACGUCGUUCUGAAGCGACGGAGCUGAGAAAGAGUGUGUUUGGCAAGAAACAUAACCGCCUAGACGAAAACAAGGAGGAUGACUCGGUUCGUCGAUUUCGAUAUCUGCUUGGCCUUACCGAUCUUUUCCGCCACUUCAUAGAAACCAAUCCGAACCCACGUGUAAAGGAAAUAAUGGCCCAGAUUGAUCGUACGGCCGAGGAAGCACACAAAAGGGAUAAGCGAGGCCAUGCUCGGAGCGGUGGAGCGGGCGGAGAAAGACGACGGAGAACGGAACAGGAAGAAGAUGCGGAGCUUCUUAAGGAUGAGCGACAGGGAGGUUCGGCAGAGACGGUCUUCCGAGAUUCGCCUGGUUUUGUCAAAGGUGAAAUGCGAGACUACCAAAUAGCUGGCCUGAAUUGGCUUAUCUCUCUCCACGAAAAUGGCAUCUCUGGAAUCCUUGCGGACGAAAUGGGUUUGGGAAAGACUUUACAGACCAUCUCCUUCCUGGGUUACCUGCGACAUAUCUGCGGCAUAACCGGACCCCACCUGAUUGCCGUUCCCAAGUCAACGCUGGAUAACUGGAACAGGGAGUUUGCCAGGUGGACCCCAGAGGUCAACGUCUUGGUUUUGCAAGGCGCAAAGGAGGAAAGACAUCAACUCAUUAACGAACGGCUGAUUGACGAAAAGUUCGACGUUUGUAUAACGAGUUAUGAGAUGAUUCUUCGAGAAAAGUCGCAUCUUAAGAAGUUUGCAUGGGAAUACAUCAUUAUUGACGAGGCGCACCGCAUCAAGAACGAAGAAUCGUCGCUCGCGCAGAUCAUCCGAGUCUUCCAUUCCCGAAAUCGUCUCCUGAUUACCGGAACCCCUCUUCAGAACAACUUGCACGAACUCUGGGCGCUGCUCAAUUUCUUACUUCCCGAUGUCUUUGGAGAUUCUGAGGCGUUUGAUCAGUGGUUCUCUGGCCAGGAUUCUGAUCAGGAUACCGUCGUACAGCAACUUCAUCGGGUUCUUAGGCCCUUCCUUCUCAGACGAGUUAAGAGUGACGUCGAGAAGAGUUUACUACCAAAGAAAGAGAUCAACCUGUAUAUUGGAAUGUCGGAGAUGCAAGUCAGAUGGUAUCAGAAGAUCCUCGAAAAGGACAUUGAUGCUGUUAACGGUGCUGCUGGUAAACGGGAAUCGAAGACGCGACUUCUCAACAUCGUCAUGCAGCUCCGCAAAUGUUGCAACCACCCCUACCUAUUUGAAGGAGCGGAACCAGGACCACCUUAUACGACGGAUGAGCACUUGGUCUUCAAUGCUGCGAAAAUGGUCAUGUUGGACAAGCUACUUAUACGUAUGAAGAAGCAAGGCAGCCGAGUCCUGAUUUUCUCGCAAAUGAGUCGACUGCUUGAUAUUCUUGAGGAUUAUUGCGUCUUCAGGUCGUUCAACUAUUGCCGUAUUGAUGGGUCUACCGCUCAUGAAGAUCGAAUCAUGGCCAUUGAUGAGUACAACAAGCCCGAUUCUGAAAAGUUCGUCUUCCUGCUCACAACGCGCGCUGGAGGCCUUGGUAUCAAUUUGACGAGUGCCGACAUCGUUGUUCUCUUCGACAGUGACUGGAAUCCUCAGGCCGAUCUACAAGCGAUGGACAGAGCUCACCGUAUUGGUCAAACCAAGCAGGUGGUGGUUUACCGAUUUGUUACCGAAAACGCCAUUGAAGAAAAGGUCUUGGAACGGGCUGCUCAGAAGCUCCGCUUGGACCAGCUUGUUAUCCAGCAAGGUCGCGCCCAACAGCAGGCCAAGGCUGCUGCAUCCAAGGAUGAAUUGCUUGGUAUGAUCCAACACGGUGCUGAGAAGGUCUUCCAAUCAAAGAGUGGAACCGGCGCCAGUGGAGAAAAUAAUGAGAUUACCGAUGAAGAUUUCGAUACAGUUAUGCAGCGCGGAGAGCAAAGAACUGCCGAACUCAACGCUCGAUAUGAAAAGCUUGGCAUUGAUGACCUUCAGAAAUUUACUUCAGAUUCCGCGUACGAAUGGAAUGGUGAAAACUUCACUAACCGAAGAAAGGAGAUCGGUAUCAACUGGAUCAAUCCUGCCAAGCGUGAACGCAAGGAACAGUCUUAUUCGAUGGAUCAAUAUUACCGUCAAGCGCUUUCGACCGGAGGCCGCACUGCCGAUACGAAACCCAAGGCUCCGAGGGCGCCAAAGCAAAUUGCUAUUCACGACUAUCAGUUCUUCCCUGCCCAGCUCGUAGAGCUACAGGAGCGCGAGACUGCCUACUUCCGCAAAGAGAUUGGAUACAAGGUGCCACUGAAUGAUGAUGAAGAAGUUGAACUGGAGGAACGUGAGGCAGAACGCGAUUUGGAGCAAAAGGAGAUUGACGAGGCUGUUCCACUCACGGAGAAAGAGCAGGAGUUGAAGGCAUCCUUGGCCGAAGAGGGUUUCGCACACUGGUCCCGAAGAGACUUCCAGCAGUUCAUCAACGCGUCAGCCAAGCAUGGCCGGAAGUUCUACGGUGAUAUUGCCGAUGAAAUGGGCGGCAAAACUGAAGAAGAAGUGAGAGACUACGCACAGGUCUUUUGGGAGCGAUACACGGAGAUUCAGGACUAUCCCAAGUACCUUGCCACGAUCGAAACAGGCGAGGAAAAGGCCCGGAAGAUGAAUCACCAAAGGAAGAUGCUCCGGAGGAAGAUGGAGAUGUACCGGGUCCCUCUUCACCAACUGAAGAUCAACUAUUCGGUUUCAACUACCAACAAGAAGGUCUAUACUGAAGAGGAAGAUCGUUUCCUCCUUGUCAUGUUGGACAAGUAUGGCGUCGAUGGCGAAGGUAUCUAUGACAAGAUCCGCGACGAGAUUCGCGACUCGCCCAUGUUCCGCUUCGAUUGGUUCUUUUUGAGCAGGACGCCUGUCGAGAUCAGUAGACGGUGUACCACUCUCUUGACCACCAUUGCCCGGGAAUUCGAGGCUGGUGACUCCAAGGUAAACGGCACGACCAAGGGACGAGGCCGCGACCGAGAGGAAGAAGAUGAGGUUGAAGAAGAAGAAGCCGCUCCACCAAAGAAGAGGGCCAAGAACGGCGUCAAGAACAAGCAGCUUGACAAUGUCAAAUCAAACACCCCAAGUAAGGCCACUUCAGCUUCCAACUCUCGUGCGGGAAGCGUUACCUCCACUGCUUCCAGCACCCCUGCAAAGGGCAAGUCCAAGGGUAAGAAGAAAUAAGUUCAGCCUUCAACCUAUGAGCAUGGCUGCCUCGAGCCAACUUCGUUCUCACAGUGAAACUUGAAUUAGUCAUUGCGCAUCAUUAUGUCAUUAAUAUCAUGUUUGAGUUGAGCGUUUCGAUAGGGAGCUUUUCGGUAAAGUUUUUUGGGAGCGUUUUGAAUUUCCUUAAUCUUUCUCUUUUUACAUGCAGGUAGUGGAACAGGUCGAGCUUAAAUACCGCUAAAUUGGUAUUGCGCGCGGGCGUUAGCUAAAUACGAGCUUUUAAAACUAAAAUACGACAUAUACCAUUACGUCUAUAUGCUUUCUAGAAGGCG